AUAUUUAUAAUAUUUUUAAAUAGUACGCAGGCAUGUAGAAAUUAAGAGUUCAUAAACGACCUCCUUUACAUGUAUGUACGUAUAUGUACAUAUGUAUAGUCAGCCUGUGAAAAGAAUAUAGAAAGGGCGGCGCAACUUCACCUGCGGCAAUUCACCAUCUGUCAGUAGGCAACUGUCAUCGAUCGUGUGCACAAAAAGAAAGAACGAUUGUUCUUCACACAUAGCUCAAAAGAUAGAAUAUAAGAGAAGUUUAUCGAAUACCGCAAAGAAAAAGAAAAAGAAAAAUGCUUCGAGUGCGCUCCCAGAGCAGUGUCUACGAACAGGAAGCGAAGUUCGUACAGGAUCGCAUAACCGGUGUGGAAAAACACUUCGCCGAAUUAUGCACGACAUUCGCGGCUUACACCAGGAAAGCGGCCAGAUUACGCGACAAAGGCGACGAACUUGCUAAAAUAGUGCAAACGUAUGCGGAUUCGGAAGUUAUAAAUCGAUCGAUGAGUAUCGGAUUGGCAAACUUUUCCGCAACAUUAUCAGUUAUCGGCGAUUACAGAGACGCGGAAGUACAAAGAUUAGACGCCAAAGCGAUCGCACCUCUUUCGCAGUACUCGACAAUUUGCAAGUACGCCCGGGACGACGUGAAAAGCACAUUUGCGGCGCGUGACAGAGAACUAACGAGACGUCGACACCUGGACAAAGUCCGGGAGAGAAAUCCUAGAAAUCGACAAAUGAUAUCGCAAGCGGAAUCGGAACUGAUGAAAGCGUCCGUCGAAGUAUCUCGACUGGUAAAAGGAUUGGAGGAACAGAUCGAUUCGUUCGAGCGACGCAAGUUGCACGAUUUAAAAUCCGUACUCUUGGAUUUCGUAACCGUCGAAUUGAGCUUUCAUACCAAAGCCCUCGAACUUCUGACCAAGGCGUAUCAGGACGUCGCGGCUAUUGACGAGGCCAAAGAUCUUGAGGACUUUCAAAUUGCGAGAGGAGAGAUGAACGGGGAAUUUAGAGAGACGAUUCGCGUCCCUGAUUCCGUCGCAAGAUUGGACACAGUAGGUAGGACCUCGUUUCGACAGGCCUAUUCGUUAACGAAUUUAGCCAGUCGAUUCACUUCCUCUCCCGUGGCGUCGCAAAACGUAGCUGUCAAUCGAGAAAUCGAAUCUGCUGAUUCCGUGCGAACCAGAUUCACAAACUCAUCAGAAUCCCUUCAAGUCGAAGAGGACAGCACAGAGGAAACCGAAUCGGAAUCGACUCAAGAGAAACCUAGAAAAAGACAAUUCGGAUACGGAGUAAAAAAACGCUUCGUUCUCAAACCCGUCCCAGCAAUUCCCGCGAGUCACAAGUCCUUAAUCUCAUCGAUAAUAUAUCGCAUACCUCCUAAAAUGAUGAAUCGCACAAAGUAAAUUCUCUCUUGUCAAUAUAUAUUAUCAAUAUAUUUUCUUUUUACAAAUGUUUUAUUACAUUACGCUUUUUAUCUCGAUAUUAUUAUUAUCAUAAGUACCUAUCAAAUGCACAAAGUUAUCUUAAAAUAUGGAUUUUUAGUUAAAUAGAGUAAGAGACAGAAAUAAAAAUUUACAUACGCUUGCUUACGCAAUAAGGUCAUGUAAAUUGUGUUGUAGUUAAUACUAUGACUGUGUGUGUGAAGCUUUUUUGUUUUUAAGUAAUACCAAAAAUACACAUUUAUGUACAAAAGUGUAAUUUUAUUUUU